AGUUAUGCAGAAAUUUUCAAGAUUUGUGUGUUGCGUGUAUCGAAUUAUUUUCCCCGCAUCUCAUCGUGGAGGAUUAGCAUUUUUGCGUGUUGAAUAUGAACAAUGGAACUCGGUUCGCGUGCAACAACUGAAGCAACCGGUGCUCAACUCCUGGAAGUUCUGAGAGAUGCCACUUCACAAAAUCAUGUAGUCCUCAAAGAUGCCGAACACCGGUUAAGAGCUUGGGAAUGUGAGAGCGGGUUUUACCGUGCUUUAACGGAAGUAUUUUCGAAUCCCAAUGUUGACCUUACACUGCGGUGGAUGGCGGUCUUGUACUUCAAAAAUGGAGUGGAUCGCUACUGGAGGAAGACCGCACCCAAUGCAAUUCCUGAGAGUGAGAAGCAUGAAAUCCGGGAAGCGUUGCUUUCUUCUAUGGCGGAACCAGCAAGCCAGAUCGCCAUUCAAAAAGCCGUCGUUAUUUCCAAGAUAGCGCGACUCGACUGUCCCAAGGAGUGGGUGGAGUUAUACCCUACUCUCAUGUCUUUCGUGCAUUCGCGGGAUGGUCAUUGCUCCCUGGCCAAAACACGAGCUCUUGAAGUUAUGGCCAUGACGACCAAGGCGAUGGCGUCCAAGCGACUCGCUGGUGACCGACGACUCUUCAAAGAACUGGCGUCCGACAUUUUUAUCCCUCUUGUCCAAGAACUGGACUCCGUCAUGAACCAGUAUUAUGCCUCUAUAAAGAUGGGAUUGAGUCCAGUGGCGUACUUGGAGCAGGCGAAAUUCUGUAUGAAAACGUUGCGUCACGUUUGCGUACAAGGCAUCUCUCCGAUCCCGUGUAACGCGGACCUGGUUGCUGUGAGACAGUUUGUUCUGUCUCUGUUUCCCGGUGCUAGAAAGUUUCUAGAAACCGGAGCAGUCGAUCAUCAGCAAUGGGAGAAAUUUCUCGUUCUGAUGAUGAAAAUCCCGGCGGAUAUUUUGGAAGUCAAGCCUUAUGUUUUCGUGGAAUUCAUUUCCGAAGCAUUAAACUUCUGCUGGCAUUACAUUUGCGAAGACAACGCGGUGGCCCCGAAAAAGUUGAUCGUACAAUGUUUUAAUCUGAUGAAGGGCAUUUUGCUUUGCACCGAAUACAAAAUGGGCGGAAGUCGUGGUGCAGCGCGAGAAUUCUUUCCAGCGUCAGCCGACUUCAAAAUGGACAUGUUGGCAGAAGAAGCAUUAGGAAUAAGGGACGAGUUCUUCGUGAAAGAGAGAGUAGAUGCAUUGGCAAAGAAACUGAUCGGCUCUUAUUUUCCGCUCACGGACGAAGAGAUAAAGCAAUGGAUGGAUGAUCCUGAAGGCUUCGCUCGUGAUGAUGCUGGGGAAACGUCCAAGUAUUCUCUGAGGGCUUCGGUGGAGUGUCUCUUCACGGCAUUGAUGCACGAGUACACUGAAAUUGUUGGGAAUACCGUAAUCGAGCUAUAUUCAAAUCCUGCGUUAAUGAUACCUGCGGAUCCGAAUGAUUUCUGGGCUGUUCUAACGGCCGAUGCGGUCUAUCGAGCCGUGGGACUUGCAGCUUUUCACCUUUUCGACGUGCUUGAUUUCGAGACCUGGCUCUCUUCGACGCUUUUCGGUCAGCUGAAGGUCCAGCAUCCACACUACAAAGUGUUGAAAGAUAGAAUUAUCUGGCUCAUCGGUCGCUGGAUAGUAGUUCGAAUUCGUUUUGAGAUGCGUCCGGCACUCUACGAAGAAAUUCUUCCGUUUAUCGGUGGAACGGGUGGUGAUGAUCUCGGAGACAACGGGAGGGAAGUUGCUGAAAACGAUGUUGUUGUUCGUCUUCAAGCAGCAAAUACUCUGAAACUCGCUGUGGAUGAUUUCGAAUUCAAUGUGGAACAGUUUCUUCCGUACCUCGAGCCGACGUUUUUACGGCUUUUCGUCCUUCUCCAGGAGGUCAAAGAAUGUGACACCAAGCUCCGCGUUCUUCAUGUGAUGUCUUUUGUUGUUGAACGUGUCGGAGUCAACAUCAAGCCGUUUCUUUCUGGUCUCGUCGAUUACCUACCGCGGCUGUGGAAUGAAGCCGUCGAUCAUCAGAUGCUGAAAGCGUCUAUCGUAUCCACGCUUGUGCAUAUUGUGGACAGCAUUGGUCGUGACAGUGGAUCAUUGUAUUCUUUUCUUCUCUCAAUUGUGCAAGCAAGCACGGAUGCUUCAUCCCCUGAUCACGUUUACCUCCUGGAAGACGGUUUAGACUUGUGGUUGGCUGUGCUGAAAAACGCUCCUGAGCCGAAAGCUGAUCUCAUUGCCAUUUACCAGAGAAAUAUGCCUGCUCUGUUGGAACUGUCUGGGGAAACCUUGCUGAUAUGCUUGAAGAUUGUAAUGUCCUACGUUUAUUUGUGCCCGGAGGAAUUUGUUAACCAAUGCGGAGCGUCGUUAUCCGAAUACUUGCUUAACGCGAUGCCGGAAAUGAACCGUGAGGGUAUGCUAGCGUGCCUACGAGUUGCUGAGUUGCUGAUUCGAGCCCUUCCCUCGGAGGCUCCUCCGAUGAUGCGUAGUCUUAUUGAAUGGAUACUCGCGGAUUUGUUGUCUCGUGGGGAAACAAGUUCCUCUGCGAUGAUCACUGCUUUGGAAUUUGCCAUCUUGUCCCGUGCAUUGCUGUUUUGUCCGGAUCUGAUGCAAGCGAUUGCGCAUGAAAUGGCCUUAUGCGCACCCGACAGAGCCUCCAGAGGAGAUCCAGCUUUUCAGUGGGCUUUGAACGCUAAUGCGCCCGGAAGCAGUGCCUUUAUUUGGGCUACUCUGUUGGAUCUGUGGAUUUCCAAGUUUUCUCUGUACGUUUCCUCGGCGAAACGGAAAACAAUGGCUCUUGCAAUGGCGAGCAUGUUGAGAACUCGUGAAAGGGUAAUCCUGGAGCGUUUCUGCGGUAUUCUGUUGUGCAUUUGCGAGACGAUGAAUGAUGCCGAAGAUACAGACGAUCUCACGUGCAUCAUGGAUAAUUUGGCGAUAAAAGAACCGUCCAGUGAGUCACCAAGUUCGCUUUGCGAGGAUGAGACAUGGAUGCAACACGAAUCUCCUCAAGAUGAGAGAAAGCGCAUGAUGGCUAGAAAUGACCCCAUUUUCACCCUGAGUCUUCGGGAUUUUGCUCAAAAACAUGUGAAUUUGCUGAAAGAGUUGCUGGGAUUGGAGCAGUUUCAAAUUUUGUUGACGUCCGUGGACAGCGAGAUCUGUUCUUUCCCGCGUGAGAUGGACAUAACUUUGGAGUUCAAGGCAUGCGUGAAAGUGGCUAAGCUUGGCUCCGGCGGCACAAAAAAGCCGAACAAGUGUGAGCGAGAAAAGUCUGACUUUGAGCGUCGUGCCCGCGAACUGGUUGACGACAUUUCGAAACUCAAGGAGUUCUUGCUUCGCAAUCGCCGGGGUUACCUCAACUCUGCGUGGCAUGGCACAUGCGAGGGCCUUACAACGGGUGUCCCACGAACCCAAGCUGGCUUGACGGAUUCUGAUCGAGACGAAAUCGACGCCUGGUGUUCGGCGUUGGUGAAAGGCUUGCGCCAAUCCAUCACGGGUUUUCGGAAAAACGUUGCGUUUUCUUCAUCGGCCAAUCUGCAAACGCGGCAGCACAGGGAAGCAGUCGUGCAUCUGAUCGAUGGUUUCUUGAAAACGGUUUGUGACGUCUAUUCUGAGCUGAGGGCUCUCCGAGUGAAACGAACUGUUGAGAGAAGAGGCAUUGCGAGGCUGGCUUUGAGAGGACAGUUUGGGUUGAGGAGACGAAAAAACCUACCGCCUGAUUCCCAGGAUCCUCUUCAGGCGAACGAAUCCCCGAAGAAGCCGAUGAUUAUUUCUCAGAAUGUUGCGGAUUUUGAGGACGCCGAUUCAGCCAAAGAAAGCGAGGAAUUAUCUCCUGCCGAAUUGCAAGUCCUGGAAAGUGAGAACAUUUCCCUAAUGAACCGGUUGCACACCAUGAAGAAUGAAGUUCAGCAGAUUGAAGGGAAAGUUUUGAAGAUAGCACAACUUCAAGAAGUUUUCACGAAAAAAGUCUUGGAGCAAGAGAAAGAUAUUGAAGUCAUUGGCCAGGCUGCUAUUCGUGCUACGGAAAACGUAGUGGAAGGCAACGAACAAGUUCGGGAAGCAAUGAAAAAGAACGCCGGGCUUCGAGUGUGGAUUUUGUUCUUCUUUCUCAUCAUGUCCUUCGCCAUUCUAUUCCUCGAUUGGUACAAUGUGUGAUGAGCGAAGUCUUCGCACUGAUAAGGUUGCCUUUCGGGGAAGAACUGUUUGUGUUGAUUUGUGGCUUUCAUUGAAAGAGGUGAUAAUUUGAA